AUGGUCUCGCUGAUCAAGUCGAGACCGGGAGGAGAGCGUGGAUUGUUCGCUUUGAGAUCGUCUUCUUCUCGUACUACGUCGUCUAGUGGAUCUAGACAGGCGAGUGGGAGCGGAAGUGGACAGAAGCCACGAGGUCAGGAUGGAAGGACGAAGGAGGAGGCUACUGUGGUGAAGCCUUGGGCGAACCAGCCCUGGCCGUUGAUUGAGACACUGUCGGUGAUGCAAAAUAUUACACACCCAGCCCUGCAUAUCGCGAAUGAGAUUACACUUAUUCACAACGCUAUGAUACGAGGCUUGAACUCGAUAUUCCUUCAACAUCAUCACGUGCGGCAAACCCAGGAUAUAGCCGACCUGUUAUUCCUCACGCAGAGCUGGAGCACAUGGUUAUUAGAUCACCACCAGCUCAAAGAGAACAUCAUGCUUCCGGGGUUCGAAGCCGCUUUGGGCGUACCAGCGGGCACCUUGACGAUGUCUACUACUCCAAGCCCAUCAGUCGUAUCUAUGAGGUCAGAUGUGGCCACGUCAGUGAAGGGCAAAGACAAAGUCAGCUAUGGAGAAGAAGAGGAGGACACGAUAUCCUUUCUCUUACACCGCAUCUACGCAUACGCGUCCGCCACACACAAGGAUCCGCAGGUAUACAACGCGACAACGCUAGAGAACCUCCUUGUUGCCCUUGGUCAGGUACUCGUGCCUCAUCUCACGAGACAGGUCGGGUUGCUGGCCUCGAUGCGGGAGAUGUGUCUCAGUCCGUCUAUUAAGAAAAAGGAGGAUGAUAUCCCCGGGCCAUUGCCCCUUCCUGUCGCGAAAAUUCCGAAGACGAUGAAUAUGCCGCUGCCGCUUGCUUCCAACGUAAUGCCCUUAUCUCCUCCGUCUACAUCUCCGCCUACAUCACCCUCGUCAUCCACGUUCUCGACAGCAUCAGCGCCAACAAGUACAUCGUCAUCUUCAUCCCCUGCGUCGUCCCCUCCGACUGCAUCGCUAUCUUUAUUUCCGUCUGCAGCCAUCUCGCGACCGCCACCACCUUCAGCAUUACACCAUCGGAAGACAAGCAGCAAUCUCACUACCGGUAGUACGCACAAGAAGACCAAUAGUAACGGAAACGAAAACGAUGAUGAUAUCAAGCACGCCAGUAAUGAUCACCCUGGAGCCAAGAGCCUAGACACAAUUGACAGAGAAGCAAAAAAUCGUUUAGCCCGCGCCCGCGCUCUCCUCGCAGCCGACGAUCGCGCCAACAAGCUGACGAAAGUCUACGCCGCAGCCGAUGCGCAAGCCGCGACCACGAUAGACCACUACGUGAUCCCGCCCAUGAUCGUGCGGUUGCGAGAUUCCACUAUCACGACUUCGUACUCGGCAGGUCAUUCUCGCACAGGGAGCAGAAGCAUGGGUCUAGGCAUAGGAACAGGUCCGGGCACAGGAGGGGGGGUAGGAGGUGGGAAUAAAGGCGACUGGCCUAGGUUGUCGGUCCCGGCUGUUCACGCCAUUGCCGAUAAGCUCUCGCCGAGACACGAGGGUGCGUGGAGAUUCCUGCCGUGCGAUGUCUGGGGACGGCCGAGGGAGUUGCCGUUUCUAGAGGACUGA